CUGCAUUCUCUGAACGAGCUGGAGAAGAAGGAGCGUUGGGAGGAGAAUGCUCAGCAUGCUGCUGAAUCUGAAGCUGUAAUUGAGGCUCAGUCUUGGGAUGCUCUCGAUGUGGUGGAUUGGAAUAACGUUUUAGAUGAGAUUGCAGCAUCUGAUUUCUGUUCUGAAGCUUCUGGAUCUCGGUUUGGGGCGAAGCGAUCGUCUUAG